CUGCUCCUUGUUUGGCCCAGGCAGCUGCUUCUGCAGGGGCCGUGAUUUUGUGUUUGUUAUUAUGUGCUCUGUGUAAUACAGAGACACCCCUGCUGCGGAUGGGGAUCGCUGUAAUGCCCAAGGUGAUAACCACAGGAGCCAGGGUUUCCCACUGGCAUGCACGUGUACUUGGUUUUCAUAGGCCAUAGUUAGGUGAACAGCUGAGCCAUGUUCCAGUGUGAGUGAGCCUGACCAUCUGAGGCUAGUGUAACAUUUUAUAAACAUGAAAAUUAAAUGUGGAAUUUCAGCUGGUAUAGGGAGUUCACACUAGCGGUGUUCCCAGGUGAGUUUUUGAUCUGGCAGAAGGAACCCUGGAGCUCAAUUUGCUGAAUUGUUAAAACAUUGCCCCGGUGACCUUCAGCAGAUCCUGGAGACUCUCUGUGAAUUGGCUUCCCCAAAUUAAAAAUUGAGUUAGGGUUAUUGAUUUCCGUUGAAAAGUACCCUGGACCUUAUUACUUUGAAGUCCAUGUUUCAACACGCAUUAGUAUAACUUAGGAUAAUCACUUAUGAUAAGUAUAGCUUACGAUAACAAUUUUAACUGUAACUACAAUCCUUCAAAUCUUUCAUUCUUCAGGAGCAUUAGCAGAGAGCAUUGUCAUAAAAACAUCAGGUGGAAACUUGCCUUGUCUUGCUAUUUUUCUAGGGAGCUAUGGAAUAUUAAGGGUAUGCUUAUGGACUGAAAUCUGUUUAGCAUCAUUUAUUUACUUGAAACACACUCACAGUUGUCAAAGUAGCAUUUUUCCUACUAUCCUGUUUUGUUUGAAUGUGUCUAAGUGCUUUAUUUAUGAACAUAAAUAUAUAAAAUAGAUUUAAAUGUAUUUAUUCUAUGUAUAUAAAUACACAACAAAAUAGCUUCCUACAUUGUUCCUAGCCACCUGUUUUGAGGAUGUAUUUUCCUUAUUUCCAGAGACAUUCUCUAUUAAGAGGCAAGUAUAGCUUUGUCCUGAACUGCACAUUUUGGAGUUUUUGUAGAAUGAAAACAGUGUGUUAUGUCUUCUAUAUGGUGUACACACUAAUGGUAACAUGCUGUUUUUUGGUAUCCAUAUUCCUGAAGCGAUGGCAAGCUAUCCAUGUUUGUUGUAUUGCAGGAAAUUUCCAUAUUUCUACAGAAAGUGGACUGGUUCCUAAAAGUUAGUUUACGCCAUGGUUCCUUCAGUCUUUACUGAAUUAUCUAGCUGUGUUCUUGCCAUAAUAGUGGAUGUCUUGGGGCAGUUCAGUAGUGUUCAGUAGUGUGCUGCAAUUUUUAAUAAUUUAUAAUGCUAGAUGUGAUGUCCUGUGAAUUUCCACCUGGGAAAACAUCACUUGUAACUCAGUAAAUACUUAAAAGUGUGGGAAUGUUGGGAAUGCCUCAUUAGAUUAUCUGAAGACUGUAAAGUUUUAUCCAAGAUACAAAGAAUUAGGGAUGCCCCAGCGAAUAGUUACUACAAAUAGGAAGUCUUGAAAUCAUGUCACCUAAUGGUGUAGUUUGGAGACUGAAGGACUUAACUAAACCGCCUUUAUUAUUUCCUGAAAGGUACAUUUGCUUCCACGUUUACUGUUUCUGAACUUGCUGACAAAGCUGAUACAGUGUCAGUCUUUGGUGUAAUUUCUUACAGAUUUGCAAUUGACUGAAGAAAUUGCAAUAGGUAUGAACAGUGAAACUGAGCUUUUUCUGUAGUGGUAUCAGCCAAAGCAGAUAAAGGGACUGUAAGUAAGGACAUUUAUUAUUUGUGUAAAUGACCCUAAGUAGUUUAAAAUGGUCAGGUACCAAUUAAAAUAUGCAAAAUGACUAGACACAAAGCUAUUUGCAUUACAGUUGGUAUAAUAUUUUUCAAUCUGGAUGCUUAUGUGUCUGGGAAGCCUAUGAGAGUUCAGCCCAUAAGCAUUGGGAAAUGCUUAUGUCUCAGGAAAUGUCUAAACCAUACACUUCUAGAUGAAAAUCUUGUUUAGAGUCUUGUUAAAAGUAAUAGGCAAAUUGACUAAAAGGUGUCCUACAAAAUUUGCACUAAGUUAAGUAUUUAAUAAUAGGUUAUUAUAUAAAACUGGUUUUGAUGCAUUGGAUUUCAUUUGGGAGCAGAAAUGUACUUGGGCAUUUGAUAAUUUCUCCUGGUAUAAAGUUCUUCAGACAUCUGGAUUCAGUUUUCUUACACAAUUUAUGAAGGAACAAAGUAAAGUCAACAGGCAUUAAAGUGUUUGCUUUUACGUGCAAAUAAAACAGAGAAGAAGUGAAUGUUCUGCUGGAAGUACUUCAAUAAUGUGUUUCUUACAUGUUUUUGGACUGUAUCUGUACAUGAAACCAUCCUGUCCUUCAUUUAGCAAGUGGCAGAUUGUUCAGCAUCUUCUUUAAAAUCACGUACAGAAAUAUUAGAAGGAUUGUGGGAUUGUUUUUCCAUAUAAAUAUGAAGUUUGAAAGAAAGGCAUCCAUUGUGCCAGUGCUUCCAUAAGCCAGAUGCACGACAGAUGAUGAUUAUGUAUAAUAAUAUAUUAUCUUACUAUGGUUUCUAGUGAAUCUAUAAGCCAAGAAAAAUAAUAGGAAUAUGUAGAAAACAAAGGGAGCAUGUAAUAUUUCAGUGGCAGCAUCCCAGAAAAGCCUUGCUCGACAAAAGGGAUUCUGCAGUUCUUGUAGCCUAGUUCCUGCCAUGUAAUGGAGUUAGUUAUGGUUAAUUCAGCUGGUCCAACUUUCUACUUUUCUGUGAAAUUGCCAGUGUUUCAGUUAUCAUAUAGGUAUUUCUCAGGAAAUCUGACACUGAGUUUUCUACCUUGAUGCCCUUCUUGGCUGUGAUCUUUCAAAAACUUAGUUGUAGGAUAGCUUGCAGGAUGAAGAUGAUUGUUGUUUUGGCAGCUAUCAUUAACGUAGAAUGCAUUUGGCACCAAAUAGUAUGCAAUUGGUUUUGAGAUUGUCCUUGCCUACAGUAAAAAAUAAUUGAGUUUUCACAUAUUGAUGGAAGUUUAUAGUCUCUUGUAAGUAUUUCUCGGUAAUGAAUACGUAGAAGUUGUGAGUACAUAGUUUCAUAGUUUAAUCACAUUCUUUUUGACGGUGAAGAGAAAGUUGUUUCUGGAUGUAGGUUUCAGUCUAAAGCUGAAAAAGAAAAAUCUUGGGGAUUGUCUAGCUCUGUGUUGGUACUUUAGCUAUAGAUAAUUCAGCACAUGUAGAAUUUCUGGUUUUAGAUUGUGAAUGCUUUAUAAUAAUAUUUUAACACCAAAGACCUGCAAAAAGAUACCAUCUUUUGCUGGUAUCUUUUGAUAAAGAUGCCAUCAAAAGAUGGUAAAGUUCAGCUAAGUUAAAGUCAGAAAUCAGUGGGUCUGUUCAUAUUCACACUCUUGAAAGACUGAAGCAGCUGAGGGAUGAAAGUGCAUUUCUUUCUUCUUCCCAUGCUGUACCCCAAGCCUUUUAGGAUUUAUCAAGAUUGAUGUUUAAGUCAAAUAUGUCUAAAUCUAUGAUAAUUUUUUUAUGUGUGUGUGAAUUAAUUUGUUCUUUAUAAAGUGCAGAGUUUCUGCAGUGAAAAAUAGUGGUUUAUUUUUAGAAAAUCUAUGGCUACAUAUUCAUUUCCUUAGUAACUUUCCAUGAAACAAACAGCCUGCUCUUCCUCCUUCCCAACCAAAACAAACCUAAACUGGCUUAUUAAUUUAGGCAGUUUUCCCGUGAAAAAUGGGUUCCAUGUCUCUGCCACAAGCAUUUGUAAUCUGCCAGGUCCCUGAAAAAAGUCUUCUUGCAUGAAACACUAAAGGACAUAUUCUAAAAAAUACCAUAAAUUCGCAGUGAUGAAGUUGGUGAUAUUUUUCCUCUGCAAUUGUUAUAUUUCAAUUUUACAGAGUAACAGCUUUUGUCUCUUGUGCUCUGUCAAGUGUGUUUGUUCAUUUUAGUUGAUUGACUCUGUGAAUUGCACAGCACAGUAAACUGUGUGUGUAUUUACACUGGGCAAAGCUAUCCCACCAGGAGAGGCCAAGGAGGCAAAACUGGCUUUGGCAUUCAGCACAAUGCAAAACAAAAGAUUGCUGGUUUGAGCAAGUUUUUACACCUAAACUCAUUUUAUUGCUUCUCCAAAAUACAGCUCAUUGUAGCACAGGAUGGUACCAGUUGUGCUAUAAUGUAAGUUUAUAAAGUUUAUAUGGCUUAACAUGAUAGAAUCCUUUAAAAAUAGAGCAGUGAAGGGAGUUGGUAAGUAUUCUGCAGGAACCAAGUAUCAAGUUUACUGAUAGUCACGUUGACUGUAGCCAUGGACAGUUCAGCCUAAUCAUUUCAGCCAAGAAUUGACAACUCAGAAAUUAAAUCUUUGCUCUCUGUUUUAAAAGGAAAUGGGACUGACAAAACUUGUGACUAAUCUUCCCUUUUCCAUCUGUUUCCAUAUACCUGUCAGAAUAGAUAAUUGUUCUGGAUCCUAUUUUCCGAUAUACUACAAUCUACCACUACCCUUGCUAUAACACAGUGUAUUUCAUGUAUUCUGUUGACAUUGAUGACUCUAUUGCAAAAGUACAGUAGUGAAUAUAAACAGAUCUAUGUUAAUUUCAAAGUCUGCAGAAACACAUGACAAAGGAAUCAAUUCUAAAGAGGAAAAGGACAGAUAUUGUAAUGUCAGAAAUUUUAUUUAUAAAUAUUUAUUUCUGGCAUUUGAAGGUGACACUCUUUGGGUUUACUUUUUCAAAUCAGAAGCUAAUGUACACAUCCUGUCUUUGUUUCAGAUGCAUCACCUUCCAGUCCUUACAGCAGCAUCCCUUUCCCUCAAGAAUGACAACUCCAUAGCUGAAAGGGCUUUGUAAGCAUUGUGUAUUCAGUAUAGAACUGGGACCCAAAGUUUGAUUGCUGCCUUUUUAGACAGUUUAAGUAACAGUCAAAGAGUUUUCUGUUGUCUGUGUCCCAAGAGGUUUUAAGCUUUUAGUACAUUACUAAUAGGAUGAUACAAAUUUGAUUUCACCUGCUUUCAGCCAAGAGAAAAUACUAAAUCUAGUCGGCGUAAAAAUAAGUUGUAACACCUCCUUCAGUAACUUCCCAUCAUGUCUGUGGGCUUCCAUUUGAGCUAUUUGAACUCAUCUUGCUCAGAAAUGAAAAGUCUCAGUUCAAAGACUGCUGUUGAGGAAUCCUGCAAAUCAUGUAUUCCAGCAGCCUCUUAGUUUCACUUAGGAUAUGUGUAUUAUUUUUUCUUUAGUCUGAAUAAAAUGAUACUGUUUUCUGCAUUGUCGUAAUUCUCUUAAAUGUCUUUGUUUUGAAAAUUGGAUGUACUUUAUUGAGGGAGAUGAAAAAAUCCCCAGAGCUGUGUAUGUGUAUAUAUUGAAGUUCUGCUAUGUAUUUUGGGGAGUUGAUUUAACAUCCCACCAAGUCAGCGAUUCCUGAGUUGGUUUUGUGCCUUUUGUCAGUGGGGAUAGUUAAACACAGUGUUGAUUCUGUUUUUCUUAGAUUCUGCUUUCAGGCUUUUUUUAUGGUGCAUUCCUUAUAGUAAUUUUCAAGUAGUAAAUGUAAUUGCUAUAGAAAAGCAGAAUAUCACAGUUUGACAUAAUGUUAUUUAACUUUCAGGAGAAGUUCUUUAAAAAUGUUACAUUUUCGCAUUGUUUGAAAUUUACACAAGCUUUUCUUUGUUAGGUUGGAUGUGUGAGAGCUGCUUGUCUGCUUGAGCUCGUUCAUGUGUUUCCAGGGCAUUUCCAUACAAAUACGCUUAAUCAGCUUUUAGAGGGAGUGUGUUCCGUAACAGGAAUUCCCAAGUGAGCUGCAACUUUGAAAUGAAAAGGAGGAGAAGCUUUGAAAAAGUUAUCAGGUCUUUGAAUUAGGAAGAGAGGAUCUCAGGUGGAAUACUUCAAGAAAAGUUCCUGUCCAUUUUCCAUGUUGGUUUACGUCUUUGGUUUAGACUGAACAUUGUAUUGCAAGGAGAUCCAAUAGGUUACUAUUAGCUGUGUGCUCUCUUCCAGUAUCCCCAGGCUUUUGGGCCUGUGAAGUCCUCAGCUAUUUUUGCUUGUAUGUGUGCAGGGAGAUAUUGAAUGGAUGGCAGUAAAAAAAAGAGUGUCUGAAUCAUGAGCUGUGAGAGAAAGCACACAGCUUGCCUUCCUAAUUGCCCUUUUUAAACUAUCUGUUAAUUUAGAUAAUAAUUUGAGGGUCUUGAUUUUUUAAAUUUUAUUUUUCUUCCGGAUUACCUGGAAAACACAGUAAGAGUUAGCUUGUUAGGACAAUAUUUUUUAAGAACUGAAGUAGUGAGUGAGAAAAGCAGUCUCUUUAACAGUCUUGGAAGUUUGUUCCUGUUACUUAGAUGCUGCAGCUUUGUUUUAGGAAGAUGAGAGUGUUGGUUCUUGCAUAUGUUUGUAAAUUGAGGCAUUCAUCCAGCUUUCUUUUCACGCUAGGUGUCAGUGUUAACUUACCUGUUCUGUAAUCUCAGGUGUAGUCAUGCUAUUGUUCUUGUGGAUACACCUGUAUUUAGUUCUCAGUUACAACUUCUGGUCAGAAGGUCAAGACAGUAAUGGCAAAUAAUGAUUUGUAUGUUGACCCUUAAUGGUCUGUAAGUAUUUAUCUUGUGAAAAACCUUAUCUUUUUGCCCUCGAUUGCAUCAAAUAAACCUGGAAGAACCAGCUUGGUCCUUGCUAAAAUGUCUGCUACAGAUUUUUCAGUACCCAGAUUUCUCUUUCAUCUUAAUUUUGACUAAGACAGCCUUGAAAACCUGAAAGAUAGUGGAUGGAUGGUUACUGCAUUAUUCAAAAUUAAAUCUACUGGGAUCAUUCCAGUUGGGCUUUCAUCUUCUCAAACUGUAAAUAAUUAGCUGACUAGCAGUAAUUCAUACGGUGUCUUGUAAGGUCAUUUGUUAAUGUGUUACUUGAGCAUAUUUAUAGAUUAUUCGAAGGCAUGUGGCUAUUUGCCUUGUUUCUUUUGGUUUACAAAAGUUUUUUUUAAAGUUGCCUGUGUUUCUUCGGAGGCUUUGUAAUGCCGACCAUAAUGUAAAUAUCCUGGUGGUUGAUACUGAUCUCGGGUAUCAGGAGGUAGGGGCACUUCUCUGCAAGCAGCUGUGACAGUAACCACAACCCGUCUUCUUGGAUAAAAAGCCUCAGUGAAGGUAUUGUGUUUAGUAAUAACAAAUAGUGUGACAUGAUGAGCAAUGGAGUAAACACUGCUCUUUUUAUCUCUUUAGCUUCUGCAGAACCUAUUACUCUGUUACUCUAUAAAUUAACAGUUGUUUAUUUACAUUCUUUUAAGUGUAUUUUUAUUUCAGGGUUUUUUAGCUGUGAGUUUGUUACACUGUCCUCUCUUCAAUAACACCUCUGUCCAAGAGAGGAGAAGCUGCCAAGUUUGGUAUUUUGGGACCUUUAACUCAAAGGAGGCAGCAAUUGAGUUUGAGGCCUAAGGCUUUACUGAAAUGUAAGCACAAAUGUUUUUCAGGCAUCUUAAAUUUUUUUUGGAAGAGUAGACAUAUGUCAAACGUAUUGGUGCUAUUUUUUCAUAAUGAGAAAAAAUAGUCUCUAAAAUAACACACUUAUUUCUUGUAAGUUGUCAGAGAGUAAGGUAGUGGCAGUGGGGCUUGGCAGGUUGACUUGGGAUUCCUGUAGCCAGGAACUUGCUGGCCACGGAGACCUGCACAGAGGUGAAAAUGUUGUAGAGGUGCACCCUGUUUGGAAUUUUUUUACCUGCUUUACUUAUCUACUUUUUUAAUCUACUAUAGCUUCCAUUUUUGGAUAUAUAAAGAAGGGAAGUAUUGCCCAUAUGAUUAGAAAAACAGUAUGUUUUUAUACAGAGUUUCAAAGACAACACAGCAGAAUUUGAUUGUGUAAUUUGCCUUUUGGUUUUGAGCAAUGCUGUAACACAACUGAGCAAAUACAUUUUUCUAAGAGUAGUAAAGAGAAGCUAGAAUUUUCAAGUUAUUUUUUUAAUUUUAGAAAGCUGCAGACAUGCAGAAGUUGUAGCUGCUGUUGAUGUGAACACUCUUGCCAAUGCUGUUUAUAAGCACAACUUUCCCAGCACGCCGUUAUGGGCAAAGACUAUUGAGAACUGGCCUGCAAGGUGACGUGUCCGAUCCACGGUCCAAGAGCUUUCUCUAUAUCCUUGAUAUUCUCCCAAGGCUUCAGAAGCUUCCAAAAUACCUACUUUUAGAAAACGUUAAAGGAUUUGAAUCCUCUUCUGCGAGAAAUGAACUUUUGCAAACACUAGCAACAUGUGGAUUUAAAUAUCAGGAAUUUCUCUUGUCUCCAACCUGUCUUGGCAUUCCCAAUUCCAGGCUGCGGUAUUUUCUAAUUGCAAAACUUCAACAAGAACCAUUUUCCUUUCAAGCUCCUGGUCAAAUAUUGACAAGAUUCCCAGAUCAGGAUCCAGAAGGUGUACUCAAGGAAAAAGUCGCUGACAAAGUGGGUGAAACCAGUUCUUCUUUGUCCACUGAGGAGAAUAAUCUGGAUCCAAACAUUGGUCCAGAUUCCAGCAGCAAGAGUUUACCAAAAGGGCCCUUUCUGUUUAAGCUUGAAACAGUAGAAGAAAUGGAAAGGAAACAUAAUCAGGAUAAUGAUUCCUCUAUUCAAAUGCUAAAAGACUUCUUGGAAGAGGAAAAUGAAGAAAUGAGUCAAUAUUUCUUACCACCAAAGUCCUUACUGCGUUAUGCUCUCUUGUUAGACAUUGUUAAACCCACCUGCCGGAGAUCCACGUGCUUUACAAAAGGGUAUGGACACUAUGUAGAAGGGACUGGCUCAGUUCUGCAAACAGCGGUAGAUGUACAGCUUGAAUCAGUGUUUAAACACAUUGACGAAUUACCAGAAGAAGAGAAGCUUAUAAAAUUGUCAACACUAAAACUGAGGUACUUUACCCCAAGAGAAAUAGCAAAUCUUCAUGGAUUCCCUUUGGAAUUUGGUUUUCCUGAAAAGGUAACAGUAAAGCAAUGCUAUCGUCUUCUGGGAAACAGCCUCAAUGUACACGUGGUGGCAAAAUUGAUCUCCAUUCUACUCGAAUAAUUUAGAACCUGGAACUGAUGCAUAUGGACUGGUGACAGAAAAUACUUCCACCUUUUGGGAGAAAGCUGAUGGAACCUGGACAAAAAACAGAGCUUGCCAAGAUAUUUGUCCAGACAUUUUACUGAAAAUUUUUUAUAUCUUUUUAAUAACUUGCAUUCAUGAUGGAUUUAAACUUUAUAGGUGUUUUAUUUAAAUGGCAGUUUACAGGACUUUGCUUUAUUUAAAAGUUCUUUAUAGUUUGCAGAAUGAAAAAUAGCAGCAUAUGCAAAUACUUCAAUGAGAAAGGAUAAGAGUAUUUUAUUUUACUUUUUUAUUUUGUUUUUUAUCUUAAAACCAUUUUCUCAGUACUGUGUGAAACUGUGAAGCUGUUUCAAUUAGGUGCAGAGACUAAAUUCUAUGUGAAAAAUGUCUUAAUCUUUAAAUGUAAGUGAUCCAUUCUGAAAAGAUUUACUGUAUAUAUGAUCUAAAAUUUUGAUGUGAUUUUUGUAGCUCAUGAAACUAAUAAAGUCAAUAUUUUAUAUACAA